CACGAAACAUUGGCGAUAGAAACAUGCAUCCCCCAGAAUGCCCCAAGGUUUAAAUGACCUAGUUUCUGCAGCUUUGAUCAAAGCAGCACUUGGCUCACUCUUUUGAAAAAACUGAACAUUAAUUUCAUAAACAGAUAACCGUGCUUCUGUAUCAUGACGGAUGAUGUAGCCUACCCACCAUUUAAACUGGGCAAGGCCCGGUACGAUCAGACCACGUUUUCCGGGAGGCUGCGACACUACAUGGAUAUCAUUGACCCACGGAUGCUCUUCGUAACAGAGAGCCGUUUGAAGGAAUCUAGAAAGCUGCUGGAUGAUUUUAAACAUGGAAGUCUGCCCCCAGGAGUCUCUGAUAAACAGCUCUGGGAAGCCCAGAAGAUCAAGCAGGCUAUCAUCCACCCGGAUACUCAGGAGAAGAUAUUCAUGCCGUUUCGAAUGUCAGGUUAUGUGCCUUUUGGGACACCAAUAGUUGUUGGCCUCCUUCUGCCCAGCCAGACGCUGGCCUCCACUGUGUUCUGGCAGUGGUUGAACCAGAGUCACAACGCGUGUGUCAACUACGCAAACAAGAAUGCCACCAAGCCCACCCCAGUGAGUAAGUUUUUCCAGGGAUAUCUGGGCGCCGUUACCAGUGCCGUCUCAAUAGCAGUGGGACUGAAUUUGCUGAUCCAGAAAGCCAAGUUCAGCCCUGCGACUCUGGGUUUGAUCCAGAGGUUUGUGCCCUUCCCUGCUGUUGCCAGUGCCAAUAUCUGUAACGUGGUCCUCAUGAGGCACAACGAGCUGAUGGAGGGGAUCAGCGUGCUGGACUCCAGUGGAAACGUCGUGGGCUCCUCCAGAGUGGCUGCUAAACAUGCACUGAUGGAGACAGCUGUGACUCGAGUGGUCCUCCCCAUGCCUAUCCUGGUGUUGCCUCCCAUCAUCAUGUCCUUUUUGGAGAAGCUGCCUCUGCUCCAGUCCCGGAGGAGGCUGGUCCUCCCAGUGCACAGCCUUGUGUGCCUCGCCACCUUCGGACUCGCUCUGCCUCUCGCCAUCAGCCUCUUCCCUCAGAUGUCAGAGAUUGAGGUGUCCGAACUGGAGCCUGAGAUCGCCGCGUUAACCAACGACAAGACGGUCAUUUACAACAAGGGUCUGUAGGCAGUGGGGGGUGGUGGGUGGAGUCAAGGCACUGCCAAUCAACAUCAGGCAACCAGCUGCCCGCCACCAAACAAGAGGGUCCAAACUAGGAUGCUGAAGUGAUCCUGAACAGUAUUAGAUUUUGAUUGUUUUGUUUCAUCAGUGUCAGGCAAUAGGCUUAACAACUUACAUGGUACUGAGCAUUUUCUGAAUGUACAGUCUAAUAUAGUUUGUGUUCUAGGCCAAAAGUUCACUAACUUACAGGAACACUCCCAUAUGAACUAUACUAUUAUAGCAUACAGAGCUACUGUGAUGAUGGUAAUAGUAAUGGUCAUAUAUUCUUAAUAGAUUCAGGUACACACUCACACACACAGCUAAGAUGGAUUGAUUUAAAACUAGCGGCAAGCUCAAAAAACCUUCAGUGUGAAUAAAUAGUGGAUGGGUUAGUGGGCUUAAAAGGAUGAGGGUCUAUAAAAUGAGCCAAAAAUGAAAAAUUUAUUGUGAAAGUAGUAUUUUCCUGUUUUAGCAGGGAUGGAGAUAAAACUCCUCUUGCAUAACAGUUUCACCCAAUCCAGGUUUUAAUAUGUGCUUAGCUUAGCCCAGUGUAUAACAAGCUCAGGAUCAAACUGCUGUGCAAUAGGAGGCUUCUUUCCAUCUCUGUUUUAAAAUUUAUCACAUCUCAAAAUUGCCUAAAAAUGUGCAAGUGCACCUACAUAGGAGUCGAUACACAUGGAAAUAAUAUGAAAGUGUCAAUCAGCAAGUGUCUUUCUGCAAGUACACCCUGUGGUAGUUCCGUUAAUGGUGAAACAGCUUCCAUAGUACAUAUUUCAUUUUUGACUUCUCUAGCUUUGUAGGCCCUUCUCCUUUGUUAUAAGUAUGUUGGAAUGCACAUAAUGAGAAACGAGUUACACAGACACGCCUUUUCUCUUUGGAGAUACACAGUUGCAGACAUAUAGUCACACAGCAGCCUAGCAAAUAUCUCACAGGCCAGUACAAUUCGAGCCAAAGGGAACUACCAAGAAAACAAAACUGACCACGUAUGUCACUAUUGUAUAGUUCUACACCAAGAAGAGUUUUUUAUUUCAGAUAGAGAGUGACGCAAGCCCUACCUCUCCUGCACUGAUGCCUCUGCUGCUCCACUCUAGUACCUCGUUUUCAUGCACCACUCAACCCAAUUCAAAACCCUGCCUGUCCUGCACUGAUGCCUCGUUUUCAUGCACCACUCAUCCCAAUUCAAAACCCUGCUGCCAAUGGCUGCCAAUCCCACCUGCCCCUGAUUUUUUUUGUAUCCUUUCCCAAAAAGGGCCAAAACAGUAUGGGUGGAAUUACAUCACAACCCUGACCAGUCAAGUGAUGAGUGUCUGUAAAUGUUUAAUCUACAUUCAGGGUGAUCAGGUUCCUCUGUGUUUUAAUAUUCUUGUAUCGUUUUUUUAAGUUUUGUGAGAAGCGAAGCAAUGGCGUCCAUCCUUUCGGUUUUGUAUACAAUGCGACCUUAACCACAAGGCAUGCUGGGUAAGAACCGCCAACAUCUGCCGAAAACUCGUAUUACAUAGAUAAUAUCAAUGGGGGUUCAGGAGGAAUGCGGGAAAACCCGGAUCAACUCUGAUUGGCGGUCAGUACUGCUCAUGGAAACGAGGUAUAGCAGCCCCUUAGUUUAAUCCCGGAUUCUAUGCAUUGAGAAAAUUGAGAACGAUUGCCAUUGAAGAUGUGCGGUGAAGGAUUGAAGACUUGCCAGACACUGUUACAUGUCUUAAUAACCAGCACUAGAAAGCACAGCUAACCUGUAAAUCCGUCUUAAUGUGCCAGAAUGUGUUUUUUUUUGUUUGUUUGUUUUAAAAGAAAGUUGCAACAAGGUUGCGUAACAUAGUAACCUACUGAGCUGAAAAGUGGCUGCCAGGAAUGGUUUAAACUGUGAAAAAUACCUGUGAUAAAAUCACAGCUGUGAAAUGCAGUAAUCCUGUCCAUUGAUGUUUUCAUUAUAAUUUUUAUUUUUAUUUUUUUUUAUUUUAAGAAUACACAUGCAUGAAAUUGAGCAGAAAUAUUACUUUUGGUAGACCAAUUGUUUUCAGAUAUGGAGUUAUAAUGGAUUAACUAAUUUGUUGUUUACAGUUAUUUCUGCAUAAUUUCUUCUGAUGCCUUUCAAACUUAGGUAACACUUUACAUUGUGUCUUUAAUUACUGUGUAUUAACAUAGUAGUUACUUAGUAAAUACAUGUAUACUUACACAUAAUGACUAUGUUAUUAUGCAUAGUUACAAUUUACUUAAUUUGUAAAUAAAAAAAAAAACAUGAUAUAAUCCUAACCCUUUUCUGAUACAAAUGUGAAUUUACAUAUAUCAUGCAAAAAUAUUUACACAUUAAGUACAUUGUAACUGUGCAUAAUAACAUUGUAAUUCUAUGUAAGUAUACAUGUAUUUACUAAGUAACUACAGUCAAACCUGCUCAUGCAACCAACUUUAUUUAGCAGCCACCUGGUCUAAGUGACCACUUUAAAUUCCUCCCAAUGACAUUUGUGCAUUUAUAUAACUGUAUUAAGCGACCACAAUUCUCUUACCCAGCAACGGACUCAAACCUGUAUUAAGCACCCUUACACAGGGCUAUUGUUAUAAAAAAAUAUGGUUUUAAAUGGUACGUCCUAAAUUCAAAGGAAUAUGGCAACCACUUUAGCAGUCUUUUAUCCGUAAUCACUUCCUCCAGAUGCUACUUUAACAUUGCAUUUCGUUCUCGCACUUGCCUGGAAACUAGGUAGCUUCCAAUAUGUCCGUUUCGUGUUGUGUUGUUCUUUCCCGCUAAUUUAACAGAAUGUUCUCAAAAUUAGGAUGUAGCGGCUUAAGACUUAAAGGUAAACCGUUAAAAGGAAAAUAAACACUGAAACAUUCAAGCCAUACUUAUAAGAGUAUGAAAACAAUGUGCGCGGUAAUCGAAAAAAAUCUUAUGCUUAUGCUGGCGUUGGUUUCAGGAUGCAAUUAAUCAACACGUACCUGAAAGGCAGACACAGGCAUUGAAAUUUGCAAAGGAUUUAAAACAUUUUAUGUGACCUGAGACAGGCAAGCAUUCAUUACUUUCACAAAAUAAUUUGUUUUGUAAAUCCAUUAUCUGAAUGAAUGUUAUUAAAUUACAUACUUCCUUUUGUUCAUAUUACAUCUUCUGACUUUUACAGUUACAGGAAAGCAUGUCAGAGACAAAUAGAAAAUUCAUAAGUUAUGGGCCCUCUUAAGAGACCACCUGUGUUAAGAGGUCACUAUAGACUGUCCCUUGAGUGGUCUCUUAAUACAUGUUUGACUGUACGAUGUAAAUACACAGUAAUUAGAGGGACAAUGUAAAGUGUUACCCAAACUUGACUUUACUGUUUGGGUUUAGUUUCUAAAAAAAUGGGAAAAAAGCACCCAAUAAAGCUACCAGUUAUAAAUGACUGAAAAGGUAAUGCUGUUAAAGUCUUAAGUUGUUUAUUAUUUUCUUCCAUAAAAAAAUGCCUCAAUGGUGUUUUGGAUUAAAUAACCCUGAGGCUCUGGUCCUGUGUUUUUAGGGUCCUUGUUUACUGUGUGCCCCCUUCUGGUAGAAUUACAGGGAGUCUUCUACAGCAGGGCUGCGUGCUUCGGAAGUUGGGAUUGUUGGCAGUUUCCCAUGAAAGUUUACCAUGUGGUUUGCCAUGUUUUAUUACCUCCUUGGUCCUUCUGUUCAGCAUACGGAACAGUUUUCAUUUGAAAUUGCCCACAGCCAGAGAGCCCUCGGGUACGGACGUUUACAAUACUGAAUGUUCAGCAUUUCGUGGUCCCAAAUGUCUUAUGUUUUGUAUGUUUUUGUGGUCUCAUGUAAAGCAAAUAACGCAUUUCAGACAAGUUUAGUUUUCAACAAACCUGGUCUCAGGACCGAGGAAGCUAAUAAGGUUCCCCAUAUCUCUGUGGUCUUUACAAUGCUUGCCAGUGCUUCACAUUACUUUGAUUGUGCUUUAUUCUGCCCUGCUGUGGUUUUACCAUGGGAAUCUUUUGUAAGGGAUGCCAGUGGAAGUUGUUCAUCGGAGUGCCAAUGAAGUCAAGAAGGAGGGAGAGGCCCCCUGUGUCUCCCAUUCUGCAGUGCACACAGGUUGCUUUGUAUACCCCCUUCAGUCACUGUGUGUAUAACUGCACCAUGCUAAGUUUCCUAUCUUUGUAUCUGUUUUAUAAUGCAUGGAUGUUUUUUUUAAAGUUAUGGCAGGGAAACAUCUCAAACUUCUCAGAGUUCACACACACUGUUUUACAAUUUCUAAAAAUGAAUAAAAAAAUGUGUGACCGAAGGGGAUAUAUAUUAGUGUGCAGUAUACUUGAGUUUGACAGUGUACUUGUGUAAUUUAACCCUGUUUGUGUUCAUAUUGUGAUGAUUUUUUAUAAAAGAAGACAACAAAUAGUGAGAUGCUGGUUGAGUUUAUACAGGCUAAAGCCACUUUCAGUUCACCCCUGCUUAGCAUUUCCCUAAAAUCUCUCAUUUGCAUAAUUACAGUAUAGUUUUAUGUAAUAAUAAAAUGGAAAAAAUGUAAUUGGAA